AUGGAUGGCACAGGGGAAAAGACGCCGCAGGAAGAAGAUGGGAAGAAGGAUGAGGUGGGAAGAAAGAGGGAGAAAGAGGAGGAUGUUACAGUAAAAGAAGAGGAUGCAGUUUUUGGAGUGAAAGAGGAGGAGGAGGAGAUUACUAUUACAUCGGAAAAGGAGGAAAAAGAAGAGGAGGAAACUGGAUAUCUGGGCCCGAUUUCCCAAAGGCAUCUUAAGGCAUCGAAUGGUUCUAACGAUGGAUGUGCCCUGAUUAACACUAGAGAGAGACGUGACUAUCAUGGAUCCUCAGGGGAGCCUCAACAACCUCAUGACGCUGACAAGGCAGAGAAGAGUCUCUCCAGAUCAAAACACCCCAAGAAACACCUGCAGAGACCCACAGGGAAGAGAACUCACUGCUGCUCUGACUGUGGAAAGUGUUUUGUUUCUUCAGGAUGUUUAAAAUCACACCAGAGAACACACACAGGAGAGAAACCUUAUGGUUGUGAUCAAUGUGGGAGGAGAUAUGUUACUUCUAGCGGGCUGACUAAACACCAGAGAACGCACACAGGAGAGAAACCUUAUAACUGUAUUCAAUGUGGGAAGAGUUUUACUCAGUCAUCCAGCCUGAUAUUACAUCAGAGAACACACACAGGAGAGAAACCUUAUAGCUGUAUUCAAUGUGGGAAGAGUUUUACUCAGUCAUUCAGCCUGAUAUUACACCAGAGAACACACACAGGAGAGAAGUCUUAUAUCUGUGCGCAAUGCGGGAAGAGAUUCGCCUCCUCAGCAGACAUUAAAAUUCACCAGAAAAUCCACACAGGAGAGAGACCUUUUAGCUGCUCUGACUGUGGAAAGAGUUUUGUUCGCUCAGGACAAUUAAAAUCACACCAGAGAACACACACAGUAGAGAAACCUUAUAGCUGUAAUCAAUGUGGGAAGAGUUUUACUCAGUCAGGCAACCUGGUAUCACACCAGAGAAGACACACAGGAGAGAAACCUUAUAGCUGUGAUCAAUGUGGGAAGAGGUUUACUCAGUCAGGCAACCUGGUAUCACACCAGAGAACACACACAGGAAAUAAACCUUUUAGCUGUGAUGAAUGUGGAAAGAGUUUUACUACAUCUAACCAUCUUAUUGUACACCAGAGAACACACACAGGAGAGAAACCUCAUUGCUGUGACCAAUGUGACAAGAGAUACUCUGAUAAAAGAUCACUGAUCAAACAUCAGAAAAUACAUACAUGAAGGAGUUAUUUCAUGAUAUCAAUUAAAUAAUGUCACAAUGUAGAAUGUUUUAACAUUGUAGCAGGAGUAUUUUAAAUUAUGUCACAUUGUAGAAUGUUUAAACAUUGUAGUAGGAGUAUUUUAAUGAUAUCACAGUGUAGAAUGUUUUAACAUUGUAGAAGGAGUAUUUUAAUGAAUGUCACAAUGUAGAAUGUUUUAACAUUGUAGUAGGAGUGUUUUAAUGAUAUCACAAUGUAGAAUGUUUUAACAUUGUAGUUUGAGUAUUUUAAUGAUAUCACAAUGUAGAAUAUUUUAUCAUUGUAGUAGGAGUGUUUUAAUGAUGUCACAAUGUAGAACCUAAAAUGUUUUUGUCCCCUGUUCUAUUGAUUUCAACAUGAUAUGGAUAUUAGCGUCAGGGGGAAAUCCAGGCUCUGAAUUGAAAGAGUAUUAUUUAUGUGAUUUAACAAAAAGUUACUAACAAAAAAAGGGUUGUGUUACACACACCACGUUGGCCACCAACUUAAAUCAAAAUGCAACACUUCAAAAUGUAGCUAGCUGUUUUCUACAAAUUGUCCUCUAACCAGGGAUGUACACAUUAUUCCCAGAUUCUGUGUGGUUUUUGGUCAGUCAGGUUUAACAGGACGUGUAACCUCAUCUCCCUCCUGUUGCACACUUGAUUUCAACAUGAAAUCGAGGAGUUAUGACAAAUAAGUGUUGUGUUCCUUUGUUUAGUGACCCCUACAUUUAAAUGCAUCACUCCUAAAUGUAGCUGACUGUCUUCUGCAGGUUGUCCUCUAACCAGUGAGGUAAAAGAUAUCUCCCAUUUCCAUGUGUUUUGUUUAGUUGUGUUAGAUUCAACAGCACGAACAACCUAAUCCCCCCCAGUUGAUAUCAGUGAUUUAUUGCUAUUUGUCAAAACAACAGCGUUUUUGGUGCCGUUUAUAAUAAUAUGAUUAUUGUGACAGUAGUUUGUGUAUAUAGCUAAUUUUAUGUUUAGCUUUUCAAUUUAUCACAAACUGUUUCUACAUAUUGGUUAUUGAUUUGGACACGUUAAAACUGUGUUUUGACAUUGGGGAUAUCCCACCUAGCAAAAUGUAAUUGAAAAGAAGACUAUGCCCGGCAUGAAAGUUGAAAAUAUAUAUAAAAUAUAUAAUAUUUUUCAAUGAAAACAACUUAUUUUCGAAAUACUUGCAGCCUAUACACAUGGACGCAGUAUAAUAAAUUGGUCUAUAAUCAAUUUUAUUAACAAUCUGACAUCACUCCAGUAUUUGACAACAUUCAAGUGCUAAUGGUCUUUAUUCCACUACUGAAGAAGCCUGACUCAAAUCACCUCAUAUUUCAAACAUUCAGCCUGACAAAAGAUACAUGUUUUAUUAUUCCAUGCCUCACCAUCAAGUUAAUUAUUGCCGAUACAUAUUUACAAAGGGGUGUACAUUUGCUUUUGUUAUAUCAUAUUUACAAUUAUGUAACAUUUAGUAAUCAUAGUUAUCCAUGCAACCAACUUGACAUUUUUGGGUACAAUUAUAUUGACAUUGUUACCCUGCUUUUAUAAUAUCAGGGUUCAUUGGGGUCUGGGCCCCGAUCCAACAACAUGCCUAUGUAGUGAACCCUGAAAAGAGUGAGAAGCUCCGCAGUGAGGUGGAAAGUUAAUACGGGAUAUUGCAGGAGUUUCCUCUUGAAAUUAGACAUGUCCAUGAUAAGGACAACUUGGUUGCUGAUCGUCUCAAGGGUGGGCAGUCAAAAAUAUUUGUGUUUUGAGUUUAUCUAGUGCGUUACCAUGAAUUACCAUGGAUUAUUUUGACUGCAGGUUUUUCCGUAUUGGAGAUGAGUUUUGUUUGGGCUCGUUCCAAGGGGACGAGAGUUCUAGAAGCUAGUGAGUUUUAGGAAGACGAGAGUUCUAGAAGCUAGUGAGGGAAAAAAGUUUUUCUUUCUGCUUUUUAAUUGAUGACAGCCAGUAGACACCAUGUUUAUAUUGUAGAAGGUGAGCAUUGUAGUUGAUUAUAAUGUGAAACGGAAGUUGUUUUCUGUUGGUGGUGAGCAUUCUCUUAAGGUGUUACAGUCUUUGGUUUUUCCAUUUAUGUUUUGAGGUUGGACGUUAGCACGUACAGCUCGUUAGCACGUAGGACGCACUGAUUGGUGUCACUUCGUUAGUCAGUAUGUGUUACACCUGUGCUGGCUUGUCCAUCUCGUUAGUGGGAAGGUGUUUCACCUGAGCUGGUCCAGGUUCUAUUUAAGAGUGUCUGGCCCAGUGCUCCAGUUGUCUUGAUAGAUGUGACAAAUCAGCUACCAUUUUGUCUUCCUGUUUUUAAGUUUGUUGUGGGUUUUUCUUUUGUUUUCCUCUUCUUGGGCAGAUUUAGUGGGUCUCAUGGUGGGUGACUUUUAGGUCCCUGUUGUUGUUACUAGUCAACUUUCAGUGGACACUGUGAGAGCAAAAUUGCUAGAUUGUUAUUAUACUUUUAUUGCAUCAAAUGGUGGUUUUAUGCAACAGAAUAGAGGAUUCUUAUAACUAUUGUCUGUGUUCUACUGAGGAUGGGCAUCUGGGAACAUUGACAGGAGAUUUACAAUGUCUUUUGGGUGAUUAAAACCUAAAGAGACCCCAUUCCAGAGCAUGAGUUACUGUUUCUGUUCUAUAUGGUACCAGGGAGGGAUGACCUCAGGGCCAGACCCUGGUCUCUACUAAGAGUACUGUUUUUACUGCACAUACUGUCUGCUGAGAAUUAGUAGUAUUAGAAGUAUCUUUCAUACAAAUCAUAACCUUCUGACCCGUUCUAUACAUCUGUUGGUCGUGUAGAUUGAAAGGGGUGUAUCUUGGCUGUAACAGACUUUUGUAUCGGGGCUCUCAAUGAAUCAUCUGGGGGUGAUUCAACGACCAGCCAUCACUAUCGUAGAGCACUCAAUUGAUUCACUUUGUAUGUGUAUGUUGUAUUGACCUGCUCUCUUAAGUGAAUAAAGAUUUAGUUUAA